AUGUCAGCACGUGUUGCUGGCUACGCGGCCAUUGCCUUCUCCCUCUCUUCCCUAUUUUUGGUGUCCACCUUCGUUCCAGCCCUCUGGAACAAGAUCAAUGAUAUCACUGGAGAACUUCAUUAUGAUAUGAACGAGUUUCGCGAUUUGCAUAACGAAGUUUGGGCCAAUAUGAGAGGAGAGACCUUUGGAGAAUCCGUCGUUCCAUUCGCCAGAAAGAAGAGACAGACGACGAGACCAGGAGAAUGCGUGUGCAACUCAAACAGCGCCUGCCCACCAGGAGCCGCCGGACCACAAGGAACGCCAGGACUCGACGGCACCCCAGGACAAGCCGGUGAGCCAGGAGCACCAGGUCUUCCAGGAAACUAUCCAUCAAUCAAUAUGGAUGCUCAUCAACAGUGCCGCAUGUGUCCACCAGGACCACCAGGAUUCCCAGGACCAGCCGGACCCCCAGGCGCGCCAGGAGACAAAGGAAAUGACGGAGCACCAGGACUUCGUGGACCAGACGGACAUCCAGGGCAUCCAGGAAAUCCAGGAUACGGUGGAGAGCCGGGAGCGCCAGGGAAUAAUGGAGAGCCAGGAGACAAGGGAAGAGAUGGAAGUCACGGAACGAAGGGAGCACCUGGACCACAAGGACCAUCGGGACCAGUUGGACAGCCAGGAUUCCCAGGACAACCAGGAAAUGAUGGAAAUAGUGGAGUUUCUGGAAUCCAGGGAACACCAGGAGGACCGGGAGAGGAAGGAGCUCCUGGAGCACCUGGAUUCGAUGGACAACAGGGACCAAGUGGAACACCGGGAGAGGAUGCCAACUAUUGCAAGUGCCCACCAAGAUCUAAAUUGUCUCGUUGA